GUGUGCGUGUGUGUGUAUGUGUGUGUGUUGAGUGUGGACUGAAGCGUCAUUCUCCUCCUUUCUUCCUUUCAGUGAACGCGCAUCACUUGUGAAAAACGGCGCUCGAGACGCAGAAGUUUUCUUGUCUGUCGGCUCGUCUCCAUUCGCUCCGCUCCGCUCUCCCGCGAUUUCCUUCCGUACUUCCCGGUUUCAUUUUUAUCCUCAUCCUCACUUUCUGUUUUUUUUUUCUGACUCGAGGAUUCAGUCGGGGUGUACUGGCUAACACUGGGCGUAGCUGGAGAGGAUUUUGCUAGCUCGUCGCUGCACUGACUGACCAGAGCUUGCUGUCUCCAGAAAGCCUGUAGACCUGUGGCCAUCCUGCGAGAUUUAAGUCAAUCAGCCCUGCCCUGCAGAGACGGAUCACUACCAUUCUAGGGGAGAUGAAGCCGGAUGGGGUUGCCACGGCAGCGCUGGAGCCAAUGGAAGCAUUGGAAUCCAAUCCAGAAAAUGAGGCAACACCAGCCGUGGAACAGGACCCCAACCAGGCAGCCAGUCCGGCGGGAGAGGAGAUGCCACAGCAGCCUGUAGGAGAGACGGGCCAGGUGGAACCCGAACCAGAACAGGCCAAGGAAACCCCAGCUGCCAAGACCAGCAGCAAGAGUUCAGGAGACUCCAAAGCCAAGACUACCAACAAGGCCACAGCCAAGACAAAACCUACCACAGCUAACCCAACGAAGACCACAUCUGGCUCACGGCCCAACACUUCUCAGAGCCGCCUCUCAAAUGGCGUGUCUAAGCCUCAGACCAAUGGAGUGGCUAAGAAAUCCACACCUGCUCUGGACAAAAAGAGCACCCCGACCUCAGCUUCCUCCAAAAAACCAACAGGAACUGCUGGAGCCCCAGCUUCCAAGAGCAAAGUGGGUGAGAAGAAAGCUACAGGGGCUGCCCCCGCCACCAAUGGUGCAAAAUCAACGACCGGACCAACAGCAGCCAAGAGGACGCCAUCCACAACUGCUAAUGGUGUCAAAACCAGCACCACUGCAGCUGCUAAAAAGCCCCCAGCUCCCAAACCUGCCGCUGCAACUCCCACAAAGCCCAGCUCGACUGCCUCACCUAAGCCUGAUAAGCCCCCUGUUUCCAAGACAACCAGGCCCACUGCCGGCACAGCAGCAUCGUCUCGUCCAACCACAGGCUCGACCCGGCCACCCACUGCCAGCACAACCAAGAGCUCCCCAGCUACAGCCAAACCUGCCACCCCUAAAACUUCCACCACUGCCAAGCCUGCUGCCUCCAAACCAACCUCCACUACCCCCUCUGGUGGCAAAGCCCCAACAUCACAAACAUCCAGGACUUCAACCCCUGUGAAAAAAGAUGUUACCAAACCGGCCACCGCAGCAGCCAAAAAGUCUGCAGAUUCUCCCCUUACCCGUGCUGCAUCUACAACAAAGUCAACAAAACCUGAGACCCCCAAAUCCGCCUCAAAAUCAGAUGUCACCGCCAAAAAGCCUACUGCUACUAAGGCUGCAGACACAAAGACACCUAAAAGCUCCAAAACACAAGAGAGUAGGCCCACACCUUCCAAGACGCCUGGCUCCAAAACGGCUGCAGGCAAGACCUCCAGCCCCAAGAAAACUGUGGGCAGCAGCACCCCCACUCCAGUGAAACGUGGCCCCAAAACUGCAACAAUUGCUGAACCCGAGAAGGAAAUUGCUGCAGCUGUAGCUGCUGCGGCAGCCAUCGCUACUGCAGCAGCAGUUAUUGCCGGACCACAGGAACCAGAACCUCCUGCAGAAGUAGCUGUGGAGCCUGUUGCUGCAGCUCUUGAAGCUGUACCAGAAAAAACUUCAGAGCCCACACCAGAACCAGUCUCAGCACCAGUGUCAGAGUCUGUGCGUGAACCAACACCAGAACCUGUACGUGAACCAACACCAGAACCCGUACGUGAACCAACACCAGAACCCGUACGUGAACCAACACCAGAGCCUGUACGUGAACCAACACCGGAGCCCGAACGUGAACCAACACCGGAGCCCGUACGGGAACCAACACCGGAGCCCGAACGUGAACCAACACCAGAGCCCGUACGGGAACCAACACCUGAGUCCGAACGUGAACCAACACCUGAGCCCGUACGGGAACCAACAACAGAGCCCAUACGGGAACCAACACCGGAACCCGAACGUGAACCAACACCAGAACCUGUUCGUGAACCAACACCAGAACCCAUACGAGAACUAACACCAGAACCUGUACGGGAACCAAGUCCAUACCAAGUACGGGAAAUAUCUCCAGAACCCCCUGUCGAACCCUUUACUCAGCAGAUGUCAGCAGAGCCAGAACUACAAGUCCAUGAACCACUCUCCAGUGUUCAGCUGUCAGCCCAGUCGGACCUUUUCAAAUUUGAGGAGUCUGCCAACGACUCAGUUCCUUCCCUGGGAACAACUGUCAUGUCUCCUCCUUGUUCCCCACCAGGCCCCGUUUCUCCUGUCAGAGAGCCACAGGACGCCUCCUCUCUGCUGGACAUGCAUGUCCAGUCUGAUCCCUGGGACAGGAGCCAGCCCCUGGCCUCGUAUGAAAUUCCUUCCCAGAGCGCGGUCAGUAUGAUGAACUUCCAGAUAGAAGAGGAAAAGGAGAAUAAAGAACACUUUGAGGAACAGGAGACAAGGGAAGAGGAAGAGGAGGAGGAAGAGAAGGAGAACCUCUUUAUGCCUACCUCCAUGGCUCCACCUGCAGAGGCCUUUAGUAUGAUGGCUCAACCUCACUCGCCUAUGGAUGAUUUCAUCACUAGGGGCCUGAUCUCCCCUCAUGAAAAGGAGGAGGCAGUGGAAAAGGCUGAUGAAGAGAUCAAUGAGGAUGAUGAUGAAGAGGAGGAAGAUGAAGAUGAGGAACAGAGGAGACUAGGCCAUCAGCCGUCAUCCAUGAUCACCGACAUGAGCAUGUCUCAGCCCUCUGAUGAGUUCCAAGUCCGGUCCUCAGCCUUUGGCGGUUCAGCAGGUUGGCACGGUGACGACCUGCUGUCUGGGAUGGACUCUGAGGACGUGAGCAGCUGCACCAGCAGUCGACUGCAGGGAGUGUCUGACCUCAGCAGCACCCAGCACACUGCAAUUUUGGAGGGCACCCAGAGCUCAGACGCGCUGGUCGACUCAAGCCUCCGUGGCUCUGAGGGAGAUGGUAAUCUCAUGUGUUCACCCAACGUCGAAACCCUGGCCAACGAGGAGGACGAGGACGAGGACGAAGAGGAUGAGCGGGUGGAUGAUAUGGACCUGAGUUCAGAGAGAGUAGAGGAGCAUCACAAGGUGUUCCAGCAGCAGGAACAUGAUGAGGAGGAUGAUGAAGAUGUAGAGAUGCACAGUGAAGGCGUGACAGAGAGCUGUGGGAAUGCAGAUGAAGAUGACUUUAAUGAGGAGGAACGUUUAGACAACCUCAAUCGCUCUGUUCCUCCACCUUGCAUGCCCCCAGCCUCCUCCUGGGGUCAGACCAACCCCUUCUGUGAUACCUGGGGUCAACCAGCCUCGCUGCUCUCUGUCUCCUCCCCCAGCCCUCUAUCUGACCAUGGUGCAGCUGAAUCUGAAACACCAACUCUGUCUCCCGCCAAGGCGUGUUUGGACAGCAGUGGCCCUUCCUUUGCUCCUCAGUCAGAGGAAGAGCCCCAGCAGCAGGAGGAGAUGAAGGGUUCAGCCAGCGAGGAGGCUCACAUCCUGCUUGCUGCCCCAGCUGUAGGCAUGUCUCAGUCCAGCACUCUGAGUGGCACCGGUCUGGCUGCCCACAGCAGCAGCGAGACGAGCACACCUGAGGAACUCCGCGAUUACGACAGCAGCUCUGGGGUGGAGUCCCGUUCAGACAAGCAACAGACUCCAGUGCCUGCUUCAGUCCAGCCUGACAUGGAGCAGGACCUGGGUAUCCACUUGGAGAAAGGCGAUGGAGAAGAAGAGGAGGCUGAGACACUCCCUGCCGACGAGGUCCUGGGAACCGGACCCCCAACUGCUCCGGCGUCCGCCCCGUCUUCCCCCUCCACCUCGGGAGAUGAGGCCAGUGAUACAGAGGGUGAGAUGCAAAUAAACGACCCAGAUGCGCCGAUGAUGAUGGGUGAGAGCGCUGGAUUUGAAAGCCCCACUCCCACCUGUAAUCUGCCCGCUCUUGAGGAGGAUGAGGAGGCGGGCGACACACCCGCCGGAGAGGGCGAAGAGGACGGAGGCGGGGCAACCCCUCAGUCAGCCAACUCUGUGGCAUCUUACGGCUUCGACUGCACCACAUCCAACUCCAACGCCCACUCCAUGGCCGAGAGCUGCGGAAAGAGCCCGGGGAUCUUCUCCCUGGAGAACGAGGAGCAGCUGCCUGAGGAGGCCAAGGACCCCUCCCUCAUCAAGGAGCUGACCCUGCCAUCAGCUGCUGCCGCCGCUGCCCAGGCAGAGAACCUCCUGGGUAGACCCGUGGACCUGAUGCCUCUGGGCCUCCCAGGAGACAUCCAGUCCAGUUUCGAUGAGCACCACUACAUGCUGGGGGGGAAGGUUGCAGCAGACCACCUUGGGAAGACGAUCCGUUGGAGCCCACUCACCAUCUUGUGGCUGAGGAAUCUGGAGACACCGGCGACAACCAGCCGCCGUACUACUCGACCAUUUGUGAUAAGACUGAUAGUUUUCUGGCAGGUAAUGUAUAAGUCCCUCCUAUUACCCCCGGAAUGCACCUUUUCCCCGCAACCCUCCCCUUUUACCUGUUGUUCGUUUUCUCUCCAGUUGGGUUAGAUGGCUUAGAAGAAAAAAAAAAAAAAGGAGAGCAAGAUUGUAGGAAAAGAUUUUAAAAAAAUGAACAAAGGAGAUGGGAAAAAAAUGACUGUAGCAAUUUUUAAAUGAAGCCUCCCUCUUUCAUACUGUUAUGGUCAUGGUUAUGAGUGUAUGGCUUAAACUCCUUUAUGUACAGUAGCCACUACCAUUUUCUAGUAGAAUGUUCUUUUUAAGUAACACUGCAUAUCCUGUAGCCCCUGAUGGGGUAUUGACUGAUUGGUCCAAUGUGACUGAGCUUUUAAACCGAAAAAGAAAAAAAAACAAACAGAUGGAAUGAAAUGGACUCAUUGUGUAUUUAUCCUACUGUUUUUACCGAACAAAUGUCAAUGAUUUUUUUUUUUUUUUGGUUUUGUAUUUGCUUAUUUGUUUAUUUUUGUUUGUUUUGUUCUGUUAAAACCUGGUCCUCCCUACCCUGUGUACACACGCUUCAUGUUCAACAGCACCAUAGCGAUAGUCACAUGCUCCUUUUUAAAAGGUUGUGUUCUUGUUUCAAGACUUUUAGCUGUCAAAAUAAAGGCUAGAUAUUAACACGGCUGUUUAGCCCUUACAGAUUUGUUGAGGUAGGUAUGGGAGUAUUAGAUUGCAGUUGGUGAAGUUUUUACUGUGUGCUUCAAGAGGUUCUGCGCUCUUUGCAUAGGUCGUUAAGGUAUAUAAAGUGCAGUCACGUACAGUAUGUGUUUCAGGCGUUUUGGUUUUAAGUGGCUAAGCUUCAAGCCUCAGUUAGCUGAUCAUUUGUGUUCCAGAAGAGACUAACAACUAGCCUAUUAUUUGUGAUGAGACCCUGCAUUGUCCUACAUUGCUAUCACAGCUUUACACUCGCUGAAACGUUUUCAUAGUGGGCGUUUGGUUUACUAUUUCAACAGUAUAUUGCAUGUUUAACUAACAAAAAGACUGUGUACUACCUUGAAUUUGAAACAAUUCUACACUAGACAUGUUCAUAAAUGAAUGGUUCACACUAGGUUAUCUUUCAAAAUUCCAUUAAAACAUCAUUGCAAGGCA